AUGAUUCUCGUCACGAGCGCUCUCGCACAAACUACACUCCAACUCUCAAAGAAGCCGUGCUUGUUUCGAUAUUCAGCACAUAUGGCCCAGUCCGCCCCAAAUCUGGAUUCGGCGCCCUCUAAUAUAAAAGUUGUCAUUCUUGGAGAUCUGGGUGUGGGCAAAACAUGUUUACGAUCCCAGUUUGUCCACCAUGUAUUCACUAAUGCAUACAAAGCCACGAUCGGCGGGGACUAUUUAACGACUACGAUAGAAAUAGAAGAUAAAAGCCGACCGUUGCUGAGCACAGAGGGAAUGGAUGGGAGCCGAAUAGCUCCAACUACUAAAGUGAAUCUUCAGAUCUGGGACACUGCUGGUCAAGAACGCUUCAACCUGAUCUCGAAAGCGUUUUACCGAGGAGCAGACGUGGCGGUUUUUGUGUAUGAUAUCACCAACUACGAGUCUCUCUUGAGUAUCCGCGACUGGUUCGCUCGUUUCUUGGAGCACUGCCAUGUGGAAAAACCCGGCGUGGUUAUUGUGGGAAACAAAAGUGACAAAGGCAGUGAGCGUUGCAUUGACCAUGAGGAAGUUCCCGAUAUACUUUGUAGAAACAGCACCACAGUCAUUGGCCACUACGUUGAAAACUGGGAAUCAGACCUGCUUGAAGUGUCUUGCAAGCAGUUGGCACUAGUUGAGGAAGUAUUUCGGCGAGUCGCUGAACUUGGUCUCUCUCUCGCAUCGCGAGACAUCAACAACAAAAGCAUAGUCGAGUUCGAUGGGAUUGACUUUGCUGAAAGCGCAAGGCUGCCCGUGUCACGGUGCGCAUGUUAG